AUGACCAUGACCAUCUUCUUCUUGCUUUUAUCUCAUAUGGUUUGGAUAUGUGACAUGGGAAAAUGCAUUAUUGGUGAUCCUGUCCCUAUUUCUCACAACCAUUUCCAACCUGGUGAUUUCAUCAUCGGUGGCAUUACUUCCCUUAUGUUCAUGCCUACAGAACUAGAAAGCUUCUUGGAAGAUCCCCAUCUUUCAUUUAAUGGUGAAGUCAUAGUCCAAACUAAGUUUUAUCAGCAUAUUUUGGCUUUGAUAUUUGCUGUCAAAGAGAUAAAUGAAAACCCUCAGAUCUUGCCCAACAUAACUUUGGGCAUCAGUAUUUUUGACAAUUAUGGUAGAAAAUGGAUUUAUCAUGCUACAAUGGAACUUUUUUCAUCUCUGAAGGGAAUGAUCCCCAAUUAUAAGUGUGGAAUUAAGGGCAACCUGAUCUCAGCCAUUGGGGCUCUUUAUUAUGAAAUCUCCAUUGAUAUGGCAGAUAUUUUGAGGAUCUACAAACUUCCACAGUUUAUAUAUGGGUCACACCCAGAGAUGCUGGAUCAAAGUGAGUCAUAUACCUUCUACCAGAUGGUUCCAGAUGAAAACAUGAUAUACCAAGGACUUCUUCAGCUGUUUGCUCAUUUCAAGUGGACCUGGGUUGGGAUCCUUGUGAGAGAAGAUGAUGAUGGAAGAUUUGUUAGGAUGGCUUUUUCAACUUUCCCUCUUCACGGCAUUUGCAUUGCCUUUUUUAAAAGAAUGAGACCAUUUUAUAUCAGUACAUUAUUCAAGGAACUGGCAUGGCUGGUAGAAACAUUUUAUGUUUCUAUGAACAGCAAAGCCAAUGCAGUAAUAGUCUAUGAAAAAACACUUUUGCUUCUAAGGUUGUUAUUACAUCUUCCUAAAAUGGAAGAUUUGUCUAUGGAGCCAAAAGGUAAAGUCUGGAUCAUGCCCUCCCAAAUGGAUCUUGUGUCAGUGUUUUACCAAAGGAGCUGGGAUAUUCAAGAUAUUCAUGGUUCCUUGUCCUUUUCGGUUCACUCCAAAGAAAUUCCUGGAUUUCAGCAUUUUGUUCAGACAAGGGACCAUUUCUCAUCAAAAGAAGAUGGCUUUAUCAAAGAUGUGUGGGUACAUGCAUUUGACUGUUCCUUUCCCAGUCCCUUGGAGAAUGACAAAGAUGGUGACAUUUGUACUCUGAGGGAGAAAUUGGAGAAUCUUCCAGGUGCUUUUUAUGAAAUGAGCAUGACAGGACACAGUUUCAAUAUAUACAAUGCAGUGUAUGCUGUAGCUUAUGCUUUACAUGCCCUGCAGAUUGAACAAAAACACAAUCGAAUGCCUAAUGGUGGGAAACUGAGUAUUCAGGAACAACAGCCAUGGCAGCUCCACCAGUUUCUGAAAGAGAUCUCUUUUAAUAAUAGUGCUGGGGAUAGAAUUCAAUUUGAUGAAAGGAGAGAAUUGAUAGUUGGAUUUGAUAUUACAAACUGGGUCACAUUCCCAAAUCAAUCCUUCAAUAGAGUGAAAGUGGGGAAGAUGGAUCCCUGGGUUCAAGAGAAAACAAUUACUAUUCAUGAUGAAGCCAUCACCUGGCACAGCUCUUUCAACCAAACCUUACCUGUUUCAGUUUGCACUGAGAGUUGCCUUCCUGGUUAUUUCAAGAAAAAGCAGGAGGGGAAGCCAUUUUGCUGCUAUGAUUGUUUUCCAUGUCCUGAAGAAAAAAUUUCAAGCCAGAAAGACAUGCACAUUUGUUCUAAAUGUCCAGAAGACAAAUAUCCAAGCAAGCAAAAAGAUUCAUGUUUUCCCAAGAAAAUAUCUUUCUUGUCCUAUGAAGAACCAAUAGGAAUAAGUCUAGUCAUUCUGGCACUUUUUUUUUCUUCCUGCACAAUUGGGGUUCUGGGAACAUUUUUGAAGUAUCACCAUUCACCCAUCGUCAAGGCCAAUAACCGAAAUCUCAGCUAUGUUCUACUCAUUUCGCUCCUCCUCUGCUUCCUUUGCUCGCUGCAAUUUCUCAUUGCACCUGGAAAUAUUGUAUGUCUCCUCCGACAAAUUAGUUUUGGCAUCAUCUUCUCAGUGGCCGUGUCUUCUGUGCUGGCAAAAACCAUCACUGUGGUUCUGGCUUUCAUGGCCACCAAGCCAGGAUCUGGGAUGCGAAAAUGGCUGGGAAGAGGACUGGCCACCUCCAUUGUUCUUUCUGGUUCCCUGAUUCAAGCAGCCAUCUGUACAGUGUGGUUGUUCACAUUUCCCCCUUUCCCUGAUAUUGACACCCGUUCAGAAAUUGAGGAAAUGAUACUGCAGUGCAACGAAGGCUCAGAUAUUAUAUUCUACUGUGUACUGGGCUAUAUGGGCUUACUGGCAGUGGCCAGUUUCACUGUAGCUUUUUUUUCCAGGAAUCUCCCCAGCAGUUUCAAUGAGGCCAAAUGUCUCACAUUCAGCAUGUUGAUCUUUUGCAGUACGUGGCUCUCCUUCGUUCCAUCCUACCUGAGCACCAAAGGCAAAUACAUGGUGGCUGUGGAGGUUUUCUCCAUUUUGGCCUCUAGCAUUGGAUUGCUGGGCUGUAUAUAUUUCCCAAAAUGUUAUAUAAUAAUUGUUAGGCCAGACCUAAACAACAGAGAACAACUCAUUAAGAGAAAAAAAUAA